GUGCAUCCUGUGUUUGCAUCUGCAAGCCUCGCUUCCCUUUGCAGAGGAGCAGGACAGUCCUUGCCUUAAGAGAGAAAUUGGCAGCCAAGGAAGGAGACCUUUUGAGUCCUGGUGGGAGCGGAGAUGGAGAAGAGAAUAAAGAUGGAAGAGCAAAGCUUUGCUGGCCCUGAAGCAGGAAAUGUCUCCUGCAACAUCAAGGAAGAGGACAGUGCAGAGCCCUGGGAAAGAAGAGUGCAGGAGAACCAGCCUGGGAGCAACACCAGCUCAGAUGUGGAGCUCCAGCACUUCAGGAACUUCUGUCACCAGAAGGACAAGGGGCCCCGAGAGGUUUGCAGCCGACUCCACCACCUUUGCUGUCAGUGGCUGAAGCCAGAAAAGCACACGAAAGCUCAGAUGCUGGACUUGGUGGUCUUGGAGCAGUUCUUGGCUGUCCUGCCCCCGGAGAUGGUGAGCUGGGUCAGAGAAUGUGGAGCGGAGACCAGUUCCCAGGCGGUGGCCCUGGCAGAAGGCUUCCUCCUGAGCCAGGCAGAGGACAAAGAGCAGGAGAAGUUGGCCAAAGCACCCACAGAUUUCCCUGAGGCAGAGACGGCUCCACUGGAUUGGGGGAUCUUACAGGAGGGUGACGGAGGACCCUCCUCACUGGGGAAUGGAAAGACCUCCAGAGAGGGUGAACUGACUCCUAACCCUCCUUUACUUUGUGGUGGAGUGGAAGCGGUUUCUGCACAGCCAGAGCAGGGUCCAGGAACCUUCGAGGAGGUGGCCGUGCAUUUCUCGCAAGAGGAGUGGGCUCUGCUGGAUCCAGGCCAGAGGGCUCUGCACAAAGAAGUCAUGGAGGAGAAUUAUGGGAACCUGGCUUCUCUGGGUUUUCCAGUUCCUGGACCUGACCUCAUCUCCUGGAAGGAAGAAGGAGAAGAUCCAUUUUUUGAGGGCUUCGGGGGAAAAGAGAGACCGGCAGGUGAUGGGAUGGAGAGGGUGAAAACUGAAGAACCGUGGGAGAACGAAGUCGUGGUUUUUGAAGGUGCUAACUUCCAUGAAAACCCAGUACUAGAAGAACGUCCCGAAGAAAACAAUAGGGUUAUUCACACUGGAGAGAAACUCUUGAUAUGCUCAGCGUGCGGAAAGAGUUUUAGUGAGCAGGCGUACCUUACGAAACAUCAAAUGCUUUACCCAGGAGAUAAAGCAUAUAAAUGCUUGCAGUGUGGAAAUCCAUUUAUUUGCAACUCAGACCUUAAUGUCCAACAAAGCGUCCCCACAGCGGAGAAGCUCCAUACAUGUUUGGAAUGUGGAAAGAGCUUCAGUCGCAGCACGCACCUUAAAAUGCAUCAGAGAACCCACACGGGGGAGAAGCCCUAUACAUGCUCAGAGUGCGGAAAGUGCUUCAGUCGCAGCGCACACCUGAAAAGACACAAACUACUUCACACGGGGGAGAAGCCCUAUCAGUGCUUUGAGUGUGGAAAACAAUUCAGCCGCAGUGCGCAUCUUGAUUCACAUCAGAGAAUCCACACUGGGGAGAAGCCCUUUGAAUGCGCCGAGUGCGGAAAGCAGUUCAUUCGUAGCUCAGACCUGACUUCACAUAAGAGAAUCCACACAGGGGAGAAGCCUUAUAAAUGCUCGGAGUGUGGAAUGAGUUUCAGUCAUAGCAUCAGUCUUACCUUGCAUCAAAGGAACCACAUUGGGGAGAAGCCCUAUGCGUGUUUGGAGUGUGGAAAAAGCUUCAACUUGAGCUCAAACCUUAAUAAACAUCAAAAAAUCCACACAGGGAUGAAGCCCUAUAUCUGUUCAGUGUGUGGGAAGAGCUUCACGGAGAACACACACCUUAAAAGGCAUCAGGGCAUUCACACAGGGGAGAAGCCAUAUCAGUGCUCUGAGUGUGGAAAGAGCUUCAGCCGCAGCACGCACCUUAAAAGGCACCAAAGAAUCCAUUCAGACGAGAAGCCCUAUCAGUGCUCGGAGUGUGGAAAGCAAUUCAAUCGCAGCUCGCAUCUUGCAUCGCAUCAGGCUACUCACACCAGGAAGAAGCCCUACGAAUGCCCAAUUUGUGGAAAGCAAUUCAUUCUUAACCCAGACCUUAAAAGACAUCAAAGAAUCCACACAACCAAGAUGCUUAGUGUGUGGAAUGAGCUUCCAUCUGAACAGACAGACCCCUGAAAGGCUUUGUGGAGGCUGCAUUUCUAUCUCCCUGCUAUGGGAUUUGGGGCCUCACUCUGCUCCCCAUUGUAGGGAAACACUCAGCUAUGGGGCAGCUCACCCUAUUACCUCUUGUGAGCUUGUUAUUUGUAGGGUGACCAUAU